AUCAGUCGAGCCAACAUUGCAUUGCAUUCGAAAGGCCAGAAGUAGUGGUCCGUCAUCAAAAUUGUGGAUUUGUGAUUGUAUUUAGUGGGUUAACGUAGCUCAUGUUUUAUUACAGCCUUGUUAAUUUGUAGUGUUAACUCACAUUCAGUAAAUAAAGAAUAUGAUUAAAGCCAUUCUUGUGUUUAAUAACCAUGGAAAACCCAGAAUGUCUAAGUUUUAUCAAUAUUUUAAUGAAGAUAUGCAACAACAAAUUAUUAAAGAAACAUUCCAGUUGGUUUCCAAACGUGAUGAUAAUGUGUGCAAUUUCCUUGAAGGAGGCAGUUUGAUUGGAGGUUCAGAUUAUAAAUUAAUAUAUCGUCAUUAUGCUACAUUAUAUUUCGUAUUUUGCGUCGAUUCUUCCGAAUCGGAACUUGGAAUCCUUGACUUAAUUCAAGUGUUUGUUGAAACAUUGGAUAAAUGUUUUGAGAAUGUAUGUGAACUUGAUCUCAUCUUCCAUGUUGAUAAGGUCCAUUACAUAUUGAAUGAACUUGUUAUGGGUGGCAUGGUUUUAGAAACAAACAUGACAGAAAUUCUGACACGGAUUGAAGAUCAGAAUAAACUCGAGAAACAAGAGGCUGGAAUUGCAGCAGCUCCUGCAAGAGCUGUGUCAGCAGUUAAGAACAUGAACAUCCCACAGCAAAUAAAAGACAUGAAGCUUCCAGAUCUUCCUCAAGCAAUCAAAGAUCUCAAGUUCUGACCAAGGGGUGAUCAGGGCAUCAGUAGCUGACACAGCAGUAGAGCAGGACGGAGUGCUUCAGCAGAUGAAGGCAAAGAAAUGGUUCUGUCGAGACAUGCCCAGUACACUUAGAGAACACCAGGAUAUAUCCCAUCAACCACCACAGG